AUGAAAAAGGUGAAUAAAUAUUUAAUCAGUGGUACAAUUGGUUUACUGAUACCGUAUAGUGCAUACGCCAUUUUAGUUACACAAAAUACGUCAAGUGAAAUUAAUAAAAGACAGUUGAUACUAGAUAAACUAGAACCUUUACCGGAAAUUCAAACAAUUAAUGGGACGUUAAUUAAAUAUAAAGAUUUUAAAACAUUCGGCAGAUUUGAAAACCCUUUUAACGAAUAUAGAAUACAAACAAUAUACGAAUUUUUUUUCAAUAGAAUUGUUGAAUUAUUUGAAAGAAAUAGAGGCAGUGUACCGACUAAUAAAGAUGAAUUAAAUAAAUUAAUGCCCAUUCACAAACCUGCAUGGACAAUAAGCGAUACUCCAUCCCUACUACAAAAAAAACCGGUAGCUCCAUUGAAUUUUAAAAUCAUUGAUGAGUCUCUAAUCACUGACGGAAUAGAAGAUAACGAAACAUUUCGUGAUAAUAAACCAGUUAAAAAUACUUGGCUAGGCCAAUCUUGUAAUUUUAUAGAGCAUGGAAACUUAAAAAUUUUAACUGAUCCUCAUUUUUCACCAAAAUUGUUUGGUAAAUGGCUUGGACCUAAACGUAUUACUGAAAUGCCUGCUUCAAUUGACGAAAUACCUACUCCACAUGUUAUAGUUGUAUCACACAACCAUCCAGAUCACAUGGAUCAGAUAAGUGUAGAUAAAUGGGGUAAUACAGAUGCGUUAUGGAUUGUGCCAAAAGGGUUAAAAAAAAAGAUGAUUAAUAAAGGUUGUCGAAAUGUUGUUGAAUUAAAUUGGUGGGAAGCUUGUGAAAUAUCAACUACUGAUGCAAAGAACGAAGAUUUCAACCAGACCAAGUACAGAAUCUCAUGUGUUCCAGCUAUGCAUUGGUCAGGUAGAUCUCUGCUGGAUGCUAAUCAAUCAUUGUGGUGCUCCUUUCUAAUUAGAGUAGGUGACGAUACUGCUAAAUCUGAUAAACCUAGAUUUUCGCCCUUAGUUUACCAUGCCGGUGAUACAGGCUAUGUAAAAGACUUAGCACCUAGGAUUAGACAACGCUAUGGUAGCGGUGUACGUUUAGCAUUAUUACCUUGUGGCCAAUACUGUCCUAAGUGGCAUCAAAGGUCUAGACAUAUUGACCCUGAAGAAGCUAUCAAGAUUACGCGUGAAUUAAGGGCAAAAAAUACACUUGGGGUUCACUGGGGCACCUUCACUCUGUCUGGGGAACCAUUUAGAGAACCUAAAGAAAAGCUUGAAGAAUUAGCCGCCCAGCAGGGAAUUCGUGAUAAUUGUUAUUGCCCUGAGUUAGGAAAAACAUUAGAGUUCUGA